GUGCACCUGAAAUCUCAAACUGCUACAGGGAGCUGGAGAAAGAAACACAAAGCGAGAUGAUGGGAGGUGAUGCUCCUUGUGAGGUGGAGUUGCUUAAACAGCCACAGGCCGAGAAGCUGUGGAUUCACAGACACCUGUCAGCCAUCACAGAAGAACCAAACGGGCCAAUGAGAGCCAAGGACAAGCAGCUAAGGAAUGAGGUGGCGCCCUUCCACCUGUCUCAGCUUUCCCUAGGGCCCAACAAGGAACAGCGUCUCCUAGAGGGCAGGGACCAGGCACUGCAGUUUCAGCUCCUUACCCUCAACCAGCUGCAGCAGCAACACACCUGCCUGGAGACUGAGAUCAACAAGAAAAGAAAGGAGUGUGAGGUGCUUGAACAGGAGGUGAAGAAAAAGAGUCAAACAUGCCAGACUCUGGAGAGCGAGCUUCAAGAUGUUCUUGAGGAAAAGGCUCGUCUAAGUGUGCAGUUGUUCACUAAUACCAAGAAGGCAGCACAAUAUGAGCAGGUGAAGACAGACUAUGAGCUGCUGUGCGAAACCCUAUACACUGUGACUCAGGAGAGAGAUUGCGCCCUGCGGGAGAGGACCCAGCUCCAAGGCAAACUGGAGAACCUAGAGCAGGUGCUGAAGCAUAUGCGAGAGGCUGCAGAGCGGCGGCAGCAGCUAGAGUUGGAGCAUGAACAAGCCCUGGCCGUGCUCAAUGCCAAGCAGCAGGAGAUCGACCUUCUGCAGAAGGCUCAGGUUGAGGCUCAAAAGGAACAUGAAGGCGCUGUCCAUCUGUUAGAGAACCACUUGGACAGCAUGCAGGCCAAAGUGCGAGACUUGGAGGAGAAAUGUCGGAAUCAGAGUGAGCAGUUCAACCUCCUGUCCAAAGAGCUGGAGAAAUUCCGACUGACGGCGGGGAAGUUUGACAUCCUCAGCACGAGCUCUCUAACUGGGGGCGAGCCGCCAGGGUCACCCAACAAGACCCUGUCCCAGCUCCUCAAUGGACUUGCUGCUCCAGGUGGUAAAGGCACUGACACUCCGAUGAGCCGAUCGCUCAUCUCCGAGUUCAUCCGGCCACUUCAGAUGAGCUCGGAGAAGGCGGAGCUCUUGUCGGUCAAGCCCACGUUCCUCAGCCGGAGCCAGCCGAGCAGCCCCCGCCGCGCCUUCCUCUCCGAGAUGGACAAAGAUUCUGCCCCGCGCGCCAAACCCAGGUUCACAGGGAAAGUGCGUCUGUGCGUCGCACGCUACAGUUAUAAUCCUUAUGAUGGACCCAAUGAGCAUCCCGAGGCAGAGCUCCCCCUUGUGGCUGGGAAGUAUCUCUACGUUUAUGGGACCAUGGAUGAAGAUGGAUUCUAUGACGGAGAGCUGUUGGACGGCCAGCAGGGUCUCGUUCCCUCCAACUUUGUGGACUUUGUGCAGGACGACGAGUUGCCGUCUGUACCCCCCACCAGCGUCGGUGGCAGCAGCAGCGUCAUCAGCAGCAGUGGCAUCAGCAGCGGCAUCAGCAGCACCAUUGGCAGUGCUGAGCGCAGCGUCAAAGAACCGUCCUACCUCAACCACAGCCCGGCUGUCCUGCCCGCCUCCUCCGCUGCUGCGGCCGCUACUGGGCUCUCGGCCGCCGCCGCCGCUGCUGCCGCCACGGCCACGCUCCUGUCGGAGAGCGCUCCGAAGCUGGACAGCACGGGGGCGGGCAGCGCGGCCAGCACCCUCAGCACCCUCAGCACGCUGAGCACCCUGAGUAGCCUCAGCACACUGGGCAGCCUGGGCAUGGACUUCAACCUGGGCUCCUGCAGCAACGGCAUGGGGACGCUGGACGUGAGCAUCGACGAGAUCGGCGAAGACAUCGUGCCUUACCCCCGCCGCAUCAACCUGAUCAAGCAGCUGGCCAAGAGCGUGAUCGUGAGCUGGGAGCCGCCUGUGGUGCCGCCGGGCUGGGGCCAGGUGAGCGGCUACCAGGUGCUGGUGGACCGCGAGGUGCGCAUGAGCGUGCCGUUUGGUGGGCGCACCAAAGCUCUGAUCGAGAAGCUCAACCUGGCCCUCUGCACGCACCGCAUCUCCAUCCAGAGCAUGACAGAGCGCGGGCUCUCAGACGAGCUGCGCUGCACCCUGCUGGUGGGCAAGGACGUGGUGGUGGCGCCCUACUACUUGCGCGUGGACAACAUCACUCAGGCGUCGGCCGAGCUCUCCUUUAUGCCCAGCAACAGCAACUACAGCCACACCAUCUUCCUCAACGACGUCGAGUACGACGUGGUCAAGCCUGGCGGCUACAAGUAUCAGUUCUACAACCUGAAGCCCAUGACGGUGUAUAAGGUGCGUGCCAUGGCUAGGCCGCACCAGGUGCCCUGGCAGUUGCCUGUCGAUCAUCGGGAGAAAAAGGAGAUCUCCGCGGAGUUCUGCACCCAACCAGCCGGCCCCCCCUUGCCUCCUCAGGAAGUGCAGGUGCAGUGUGGGCAGUCAGCGGGGGUGCUGCAGGUGCGCUGGAAACCCCCUCCACUCUCCUCCAACGGCACCUCCAACGGGGCCACGGUCAUCGGCUAUGCUGUCUGUACAAAAGGGCAAAAGAUUGCAGAGGUGCUGUACCCCACAGCGGAUUACGUCUCGGUGGAGCUGACCCGUAUCCAGUGUCUUGAGGCCCGUGAGGUCAUCGUGCGGACGCUGUCGUCACAGGGCGAGUCCCAGGACUCCCCCGUGGCAUCCAUACCCCACACCCUCCUCCGCACCUCGCCACACCCUGGACAACCACCACCGCCCCCACCCCCGCCCCCUCACCCCCACCACGUCUCUCACCCCCAACCUCCACCCCCUGGCCACGUGCUGCCCCACCACCCCCCUUACCCCCAGAGCUACCCCUCCACACACCCGCAGCCUCCCCCACAGCCCCAUCCGCAGCCUCUGCCUCCUCAGCCUCCUCCUCAGCAUCCCCAUCAACCACCGCCCUCCCACUCGGCCCCUCCCCACCCCCACCCACAGCCCCACAUCCCCCACCCGCUGCCGCAGAUCCCCCAGCACCCGCUCCCUAAGCCCAAGCUCCUGCCAAGUGCCAGAGACAUGCAUACCAAAGACCGGCUGGGCCAGCCGUGGGAGCCAGGCCAGUCCAAGUCCCAGCCCCCGUCGCCUCUGCCCCCCCACCACCACUCUGGAAUGACCCUGGAGCCCCCCUACUUCCCGGGCCGCCGCUCACCCUCCCCGCAGAGGAUCUUGCCCCAGCCUCAGGGAACGCCCAUCACCAACACGGCGGCCAAGGCCAUGGCCCGCGAGGCGGCACAGAGGGUGGCCGAGAACAGCCGGAUGGAGAAGAGAAACAUCUUCAGCGAGCGCGGACACUCACUCAAUUCGGACGAAGAGGAGGAUGGCUACGAGUCUCCGCAUGCACGACGAAGAGGUGCCUCGGUAGACGAAUUCUUGCGCGGAUCUGAGUUGGGCAGACAUCCCCACUACAGCCACAGCGAGGAGUACUACACAGAGAGCAGCCGCGGCUCCGACCUGUCCGACAUCAUGGAGGAGGACGAGGAGGAGCUCUACUCGGAGAUGCAGCUGGAGGAGGGCCGCCGGCGAAGCAUCAACUCGCACAACACGCUCAAGGAUUACUACCGACGGCACGACCUGGCAGAGGAGCGUGAUAACUGGGACCUGCAACGGGAGGUGGUGCGGCAGCGUUCACUGCGCAGCAAGCGCCUCCACAGCAUCCCAGAGGUGGCAGAGGACGAGGCGGAGGGCGGGGUGGUGGUGGAGGCAAUGGGCCAGCGGACGUGCUUCGAGGACCAGCGGCCAGGCACGGCGAGUCGGGGCCCCCACGUCUACUAUCAGGACUCGAGGCAGCAUAACCGGCUCUCCCCGAGCAAGUGCAUCCGCCGGCUGCAACGCCAGCGGUCCUCGCCCCGCUACUCCUCCCUGGACGAACGGGGACCUGGUGGACUCGGGUGGAUGAGUGCCCGUCAGGCCACAAAGAGCCCCGACAGCGGGCUAGACUGCGGUAGCGAGGAGGAGUGCUCCCUGGGGUACCGUGGCGUGUACAUGUAUGGCGCGGGAAGCCCCAUGCGUGUGGGUAUGGGGCGUAGCAUGCGUCUGAUCCACUGCGAGGGCCCCGUGGAGCGCCGUGCCCUGGCGGCGGGAAGGAAGAGGACGCUGACGCGACAGAGCAGCAUCGAGGACGACUUCCUGGACGUCAGCAUGGACAUUCGGAGCAGGCGCGGGGACCUGGGAGGCUACUACGAUCAUCCUCAUUAUCGUCAGCAUUACCACCAGCACCCUCAGCGUCGCUUCCAGAGCGAGGGGCGGCUGACGGACGUCGGCAGGAGCUACUACAGGGAUAAUAGGGCCCACUCUGUGGCCAGACUCAACCGGGGAAUGGACGAGCCUCUGAUUUUAGGAAGCUCCCAAUCCAUGGCACGCCUGGAUCACACGGGGAGGAGGACGGCCCAUGGCUGUGCCCCCUCACCAAGACGCCCCAUGAUGGUUCCUUCCAUUGAAAUCACCAUGGAGAAUAACAGUGAGGGGAGUAAGGUGAACCUCUCACCUGUCAAGGAAGAUGUUUACUAUGGCAGUGUAGCUCGGCGCAGGAAGUGGCCCCCACAGCGAUCAGACCAUCGAUAUGAUGAUUAUGGUGGACGUGGUCGCCGCUCACCAGAGUACUAUGAGUCUGAGCCAGAGGACCUUACUCGAAUAUUUGUUGCCCUGUUUGAUUACGAUCCCCUCUCCAUGUCCCCAAACCCUGACGCUGGGGUUGAGGAGCUUCCCUUUAAGGAAGGCCAGAUCAUUAAGGUGUACGGCGAUAAGGACACGGAUGGAUUUUACCGGGCUGAGAUCGGCGGUCGCCGGGGACUCAUCCCAUGCAACAUGGUGUCCGAGAUUCAGACAGAGGACGACGAGAUGAUGGACCAGCUCCUCAAGCAGGGAUUUCUUCCCCUCAACACUCCAGUGGAGAAGAUAGUCAACUGCAACCGCUUCAAAGAUGGCCGCUCAAUAAACCGCAGGUCCCGAAAAUCCAAAAGAGAGAGGAACAGGCGCAGUGGACGGCAGCAUGCUGUGUCUACCCGCAGGAUGGUGGCGCUGUACGACUAUGACCCCAGAGAGAGCUCUCCCAACGUUGAUGUGGAGACCCACUAUGGGGGCACCAGGCUGAGUGAGGAGGCUGAGCUGACUUUCUGUGCUGGUGACGUAAUCACUGUGUUUGGGGAAAUUGAUGAGGAUGGUUUUUAUUAUGGUGAACUGAACGGACAUAAAGGCCUGAUCCCCUCCAACUUUCUGGAAGAAGUGCCUGAGGAUGUAGAGGUCUAUCUGACAGACACUCCAUCUCGCUACCCCCAGGAUCACCCAUCAAGGACAAAGACCAAAAGGGUCCCGCUGGACAAAUCGGGUCCACCCAGAAGAGCAGCAACCCCAACCGUGCGCCCUCGCAUCCCGGGCUCCGGUCCUGCCUCCCAGGGCCCCGGCAGCCCCAUGAGGGCCGCGCGCACCAACACAAAGACAAAGGGACUGCUCUCCAAAGGGAAGAAACUCUUGAAAAAGCUUGGAGCUGUAAAGUAAUCUUCCUAAACUCUCCUUCACUUGCUACUGCUACUACUACUACUACUACUACUACUACUACUACUACUGCUACUACUCCAUUCCUCUCCCAACAAAGGCAACGGCGUGUAUGACAACACACGAAAACACCACAACUAAAAGAUGAGAAGCAAAAAGAAAACAUAAGUUCUAUCACUGCUAGGUGCUCAAAUGUGGGAAAUGAUGUCUUCUGUUGCUGCUCCACUUGCAGUCUUACACUAAGAAAUAGGGAGGAUUAAAAUAUGAAGCAAGUAGAGGAAUGUGGUCAAAACUUGGAUGUUUCAUGAGAUCUGUUGAGUGCUGAGAUUAUCUGGAGUAGUGUGUCACUCUCCUAUUGUUUUAUUAUUUUUAUGAUGAUUAUUAUUAUUAUUAUUAAGGCAGCAACAGUAUUUAUUUUAUACGGAGGACAUUGAGAUUCAGGGAUUUGAGAAGGUUUACGCAUAGUGAUUACGGCAGGGAGACUUGUGCGUGCUGUAUACUUUCGUUGUCAAGCACAGAAACGCAAGGUCGGGAUUGAGGAGAGCUUUCUCUCCCUCUCUCAGGUCAUGAAUGUACAGUCCGUUGCUCUCCGAAGGUGUUGAAUAAUGGCAUUCCUCCAAGAACUACACCUACACUCAGCCCUCAAGCCUCCUAGAGUCAGGCUGCAGAUUCUGUCCAUGCCUGGUUAGACCACAGUACACCAUGUGCAGUGUUUACAGCCACUACCAAUCUACCCAGUGCUUGGAUGGAUACUAUGGAACAAAAAAGAUUUCUACACACUUUAUAGUUCUGCUCCAGUCAUUACAUGGUUAAGUUCUGCACAGAUCAAGGUUGCAGUCUACUUUAAAUAUACAUGAAGGCUAAAAAAAAAAAAUCACUGUCUGCCUAAAAAAGAGAUA